UGGAGGGCUUUGCAGCGGGUUUUAAUCUCUUUCCGCUCACUCUAUAGCAGCAGCAGCAGGACGGGAAUCCCCCCUCCCUUCGCCGCCUCCUUGCCCGGCCGUGCCCCGCUGAGACGUGCAAAGAGUUUUUUGGGGUUAACUCGGCCUGGCCGCCCCUGGAAUAGAGACUCUCUGGAUAUCGCACCGGUUGGGGUUUGCUGUCUAUGUCGUGUUGGGAAAUCUGGUGGAAUUUUUUCUCGCUCGAGGAGGAAGAUCCCGGUACCGGCAGCUGGCUUCGUGAUCUUUUUCGGAGGGCGAAGGAAGGGAAGGGAUCUCGCUUGAGCCGUGCGGAGAGAGAGCUCGGACAUGUGUUGUCAGCACAUCUGGGGAAUACAGUCUGCAAGUUCGAAAGGAAAUUUGCUGGGAUCGUUCAAACUGCGAUAUUGAUCUUUGUUAUUUUUUUUCGCCGAGGGAUGCACUUGGCAUGAGAAUCGGAGGAUGGAAAUUGUUUGGGAGGUGCUUUUUCUUCUGCAAGCGAAUUUCAUCAUCUGCAUUUCAGCUCAGCAAAAUUCACCAAAAAUCCAUGAAGGCUGGUGGGCUUAUAAGGAGGUGGUCCAGGGAAGCUUUGUUCCUGUGCCCUCCUUUUGGGGUUUGGUGAACUCAGCUUGGAAUCUUUGCUCUGUUGGGAAAAGACAGUCACCUGUCAAUAUUGAAACCAGCCAUAUGAUUUUUGAUCCCUUCCUAACUCCUCUUCGCCUAAACACAGGGGGAAGAAAGGUCAGUGGGACGAUGUACAACACAGGGAGACACGUGUCCCUGCGGUUAGACAAGGAGCACCUGGUGAACAUCUCCGGGGGCCCAAUGACCUACAGCCACCGCCUGGAGGAAAUCAGGUUACACUUUGGCAGCGAGGACAGCCAGGGAUCAGAGCACCUCCUCAAUGGCCAGGCCUUCUCUGGGGAGGUUCAGCUGAUCCACUAUAACCAUGAGCUGUACACAAACGUCACAGAGGCUGCAAAGAGUCCUAAUGGGUUGGUGGUAGUUUCCAUAUUUAUGAAAGUAUCUGAAUCAUCAAAUCCAUUUCUAAAUCGUAUGCUUAACAGAGACACCAUAACAAGAAUAACAUAUAAGAAUGAUGCAUACUUUCUACAGGGGCUUAAUAUUGAGGAACUUUAUCCAGAGACAUCUAGUUUCAUUACAUAUGAUGGGUCAAUGACAAUUCCACCCUGCUAUGAAACAGCAAGCUGGAUAAUAAUGAACAAACCUGUCUACAUAACAAGGAUGCAGAUGCAUUCUUUACGACUGCUAAGCCAGAAUCAGCCAUCACAGAUAUUUCUGAGCAUGAGCGACAAUUUCAGACCAGUCCAGCCUCUCAACAAUCGAUGUAUCCGAACCAAUAUCAACUUUAGUUUACAGGGAAAAGAUUGUCCAAACAAUAGAGCACAGAAACUACAAUAUAGAGUAAAUGAAUGGCUCCUCAAAUGAGACAGAGCAAGCAGAACCCAAAUCCUCAGUGGAAUGCUCCUUCUGGGAAUUGACAUCAUCUGCAAUGCAACCUCCUUCUCUGGGCUCACGUGCACCAUGUGCUGUGGGAAAAGAGCUGCCAUGUUGGAAAACUCCUCAAAAUUCAUUCAUGUGACUGGUGGCCAUUUCAAAACAAAAACAAAAAACAAAACAAAACAGUUACAGUUUAAUUACAGUAAAUGUGAUUACAAUUUUCCUGAACUAAUUUAAAGUCACAAAGAAAGACUUUUCAGCCUUUGUACAUAUAAAAUUCUUCCUCUUCUCCCCAACCCCCACCCCCAGUUGAAAAAAACAAAAAAAGAUAAAAGGUGGCUCAGUACAGCAUCAAAGUGGAGUUGUGUUCUGUGUGCCAAGUAAUCCUUGGAAAGCUCUCAUUAUUUCACUAUUAUUAAUGGAUACCGACAAGACAGAACAAGACUACUGUAGAGGAAACUUAUUUCUAGGUUAUGAUCUUUCUGUUAAUUUCAUUUAAAAAGGGACAGGCUUUGAGAGAUAAGUAUUGUAAAUAUAUCACUGCAGAAUAAAAAGGAAAUUGAAAUAUUUCCCUCUGUCACAUAUCUGUAGUAGGAUUUGGCAAAAUCAGAAUAUAUCCAUUUUCUGUUUCUUGUUUUACAACAGAUCAUAUGUUGUGUUGGUUACUAUUAACAGCUCAAUAAAUGUGUUUAACAAAUUAA